AUAAGCGCCUCGCAUAGGCGCGGAGCGAAGCGGAUGGUUCUCUUCGGAAAGUAGUCCACCUUAAGCGCACAUAGUGGGUAAACGCAGGCGUAGAGCGAGGCUUCCGCUUCAUUCCCAGCCGGGCUCGGAGCGGAUCACUUCGGAGACAAGAGAGAGGCGCUCGGCCAAAGCCAACGGAACGAGUGCUGCAACAUGUCGGAGCCAAAAUACCGAGAAUGGAUCCUGGAAACCAUCGACUCCCUGCGCUCGAGAAAAGCGCGACCGGACCUGGAAAGAAUCUGCCGAAUGGUCCGAAGAAGACACGGCUCAGACCCGGACAAAACCAGGGCUGAACUAGAAAAACUGAUCCAAGAGCAAACUGUGCUGAAAGUUAGCUACAAGGGGUCCAUUUCCUACAGGAACGCUGCUAAAGUGCAAAGAAAAUGCAGAAAGAGAACGGAGCAAACCCCCGACAGCAGCAGCGGCAGCGGCGAGUCUUUGGGUGAGCACGGCAAACACGCCAGUUGCAAUAACAACGGCGACAGCGCGCUCAGCCUCACGGACCAUGAAGAGUGCGAGGAUAAGGAGCCAGAGGAACGCGGGGCGAGCCCGUGUCCUGACCCCCUGCCUCAAAUCUCGCCCUCCGCUCUCGAAAAGGAAGAGCAGAUUUUACCACUACCUAGCGGAAACAGUUUUGUUAGUUGUGGCGCAACGGGCUACUCCGCUGGGAGCGUCAAAGCAAGUGCAUCGAAAGACAAGAGCUUAGUCGCUGAGGCGGGGGCAAGCGGCUCUUCUUCCCACCGCGAUGCUGCUUCAAGUGCGAACAGACGGGCCGAAGGAGACGAGACGCUCGGCCACGAGGGCAGCGAUGAGGAUGGUGAUGAGAAAGAAGAGAAAACUUGCUCAAGCUCCAGCAGUCCGCCUCCGAGAAACAAGCCCCCCGCGUCCCCCAAACCCAAACUCAAGGUGGGGGCAAAGGGCUCUGGGGCGCGCUGCUCGGACUCUCCGGAUGAGAGCAGCGCUGAUCUGGGCGACAGGCUGGUUGCUGCGGUGCGAAGUCUGUCCGAGAGACACCGGGGCUCCGCCGCAACACGGGGCCACGCGCCGCCGGGGCUCAAAGAGAUCCUCGGCUACCUCAGCACGCAGCGAGGGGUGCCCGGGGAGAAGCUGACCCGCAACCGCGUCAAAGUGGUGCUGGAGCGGGAGAUCGAGAGGGGUCGUCUACGCAGGACCCGCCUCGGCCACAUCACUCUUGCCGCGAGGGGGAUGGGGGCGGCCAAGCCGUCCGCGCGUCUCCUGAAGAGCGCACUGCAGGACAGACAUCUCGCGAAAAAGGAGGAGGUGAAGGAAGAAGAAAGGAUGGAGGUGGAGAGUGAGGAAAAUGGCACAGAGGAAAACACAGUGGGCUCAGCGGAGGAUGUUCCCAACACCAUCACUGAUGAAGGUCCCGCAGGUGUCAAAGCUUGCACUGACCCGACCUCACCUGACAUGGAGGUCGAGAACGAUAAUGGCACCAACUCACCACUGACAUCUGAGGGGAAAUCCCAGUCAUCUUCAUCGCUGGAGACGUCAAACCAGUGCUCCUUACAGCAGGAAGUAGACGUGGGUGGAAGUGAAGAGCAGACAAUGUCUGUGGAGCCUGAGGAUGCUGGUGCUGAGAAAAACGCAGAUGCGGCUGAUCAGCUACAUCCCAGCAUUGAGGAUCAGGUGAUUGCGAUGUCAGAGACUGUAAAGGCUCCAUCGUCAAUACCUAUAAGAAACUCUGUUUAAUGUCAUUCUGUGAUUUUAUAUAGUUUUAUGUAAUUCUGUUGUUUUAUAUAUAUAUAUUUAAGGUGUUUUAUGUAGCGCACUAUUCUGUUGUUAUUCUCUUUCAAAUAGACCACGUACACACUGCAGCUAAAGUCGGUUGUCAGUUCACCUUUUACUCCUUAAUCGUGUUCUGUACACACAUAAUUCACUAAAAUACAGGAGUGACAGAAACUCCAGAAAAAUACAGGUAGUGACAACCGCAUUUACGGAAAUUCUAUGCAGUGUGUAUGGAACCGAAUAACUAGUUGUUAAUGACGUAUUUGAAUAUGCAUCAGAAAUGUGUCUUUGUUUGUAUGUGAGAUGCAAGAAAAUAUCAGUGAAAAAAAGUCUUAACCUUAGCACAUUUUGACACGGGACUGGUUGUGCUCAUGAGCCCUGCGGUAGUGUCAGUGUUGCCAGAUCUUCACAGAAAAAAACAACACACAAGGACAAGCACAAAAAACCCCCACUAAAAUACCCAAAUGCUUUGUUUUAUAACUAAAAAAUAAAAAUAAAAUAAUAAUAUCUCAUAUUCGCAACAGACCACUUUAUUAACUCCAUAAAGCAGUGUUUCCCUACUUUUUUUUAGGCACCCUUUGGAAAUUUUAACAAAUUUGUGGCACCCUGCAAAAUUAAUUUUGUCACAGUACUUGAAUUUCUAACUUCCAUACGAAACCUUGAAAAUUAUAGAUAUUCGGUACAGCAGGGAAGAACUGCAGAAUAUACUGUCAUUCAGAUAUUUUUAAUAUUAUUCAUUUUUUUUGUCCAUCAAUGGUGGCAGUCAGUAGGCUAAUUUCUAAUUAAGAGACCAAUUUAUAUGAAAGAUUUUAAUGUAGGCUUUUAUUCAUAUGUAAACAUUUAGUUAUGUUUAAUUACCAUUAUAACUAGCUAUCUCACAAAUGUUUGCUCACUCAGUGUAUUUUUGAUUUUACAGUAGGGUAAUCUUGUUGCAGUAGCACUAGACAGCUUGAUUUCAAACUUAGAAUUGAAUAAAAAAUGACAAGUAAGCAGUCAGUAAUAAAAUAAAACAAAUUUUCAGGUCGGUCUAACAGUAGGGCUAUAAAGAGAUUUUUUUUUUUUUUUUUUUUACCAAUUAUCCAAAUAAUGUUUAGUCCUAGAAAGCUAUUAUUAUCAGAACAUGUGAGCAUAACAUAAUGGUUAGCAGAUCAAUGAAUGAGAGGGCAGCGUUACCAGAGUUGCCUAUAUACCACACCAUGCUACAGCACAGUAGGGCUAUUGCAAACAGAAACAAUACUAUACUACAUAGAUGUUUCCUGUCGGCUCGAUAUUUGAGUUGACUUUGCUGUUCCGAUGAGCAUGAAUGGUGUUGGAGUGGUGAGCACAUGAAUAGAGUGGAAUGAUACGCAGAGCGUCACACCAUGUGAAAGUGAAACCUGCGGGGAACUAAUUUCCGGCAGCCGGAAUUUCGGUGCAUCUCUAAUUAUUGGUGACAUCAGAAAUGGAUAUCAUAUAAUAUAUGUUUUUUUGAACAUUUUAACAAUUUAAAAAUCUUAAAAAAAGAUUUUUUGACAUGGUUGGGAAACACUGCCAUAAAGUGCCUAUCUUUAUGAGCUAAGACCAAACAACAUGCCUAAAAGCACUUGUAAAUAUGGGGACAUGGCAACACUGCAAGACAGCGUUCUCUAAAGCAGCCUCCCGAGCAUAGACCAAACACAGCACGGCUGGCAGUGGUAGUUUAGUUAAAAUCGACAGACAAAAAGCGUCUUUAGCCAAAAAAUGGCAGAUACCAAACAGCUAAAUUUGUUUUUAUAUAUACAUACAGUGUUUCCCACAGACUUCUUUGUGUGGUGGCACUUCUCCUGGGGAAAAUAUAUACAUAACAAAAACAGCAGACGGUCUUAUAGAAAAUGCAAAUUCAUUCUCUGGCAGCAGGAGGUGCUUUGAAAAAGCCAAAAUAGCGGUAUCCCUGGUGACGGCUGUGAACAAAGCAGCGCUGUGCUCAUGAAUGCUACUUUAUCAGACAAUAUAGGAAAGAUGAAAUGAAAAUGAUAUUUAAACUUUUCUGAAAAUAGUUGGUUCGCUUCAAAAAUCCAUUCAUAUAAAACACCUGCACCGCAUUUUUAUUUUGAAACGUGCAGUGCUCAUGUUUAUUCAAUUAAGUUAAAGUCUUUUUGAAAAUCUAUUUGUGGUGGGCUGCCACAAAUAAACCAAUGUAUGGGAAACACUGACAUAUUUAUGUUUUGUUUCAUGUACAUUUGAUUUUUAUGCUCUACUCUUCAGUAAGAUUUGUUUGAAUUAAUUUAAUACUUUUAUUUAGCAUAAAUAAAUUCUGUUCUUUUGAACUUUCCAUUCAUCGAAGAAUUCUGAAAAAAAUUAUCACUUUUUUUCACAAAAAUAGUCGACAGCACAACUGUUUUCAACAUCGAUAAUAAUCAGAAAUGUUUCUUAAUCAGCAAAUCAGCAUAUUAGAAUGCUUUCUGAAGAAUCAUGUGACACUGAAGGCUGGAGUAAUGAUGCUGAAAAUUCAGCUCUGAUCAUAGCAAUAACAGCUAGUUGUAACUAUAUUACCGCCUUCACUGUAUUUUUGAUCAUAUAAAUGCAGCCUUUGUGAGCAAAAGAGACCUCUUUCAAAGUAAUUAUUUCAACCUUUUGACCUGAAGUGUACAUGAAUUGCUUGCUUACAUCAAAGCCAAGAAUGAUUUCUGAAGGAUCAUGUGAAAGAAAAAAAAAGAACAAAAAAAAGUUACUUCGAAUUUCAUUAAUAUUUAACAAUAUUACUGUUUAUGCUGUGUUUUUAAAAGACCUUA